AUGUUUGCUGUUUUACUUGUUGGGGUGCUUUUGUACGUGUCAUCGGACGGAACCGUUAUUGAACAGACACCAGGAAGCCAUCUUGUCGUUUCAAGGAGAUUUAUGACUGUCACAGCCGGAGACAAUACUUAUUUCGGAGAUAUGUCUCUUACUUCGGGACGAUACAGUCCAGUAUUAAGAAGGCUGGAGAAUGACCUCAUGUUCGAUGUGGCCUUGUAUGACCGAGUAACAGUCGAGAGGAAUGGAGAGUUUGAAGUUUAUGACGAAGGAGCUACGUCCGUCGUGUCAGGUGAUAAAAUUCUGUUUUGGGUUUAUGACCGGUCAGCCGUUCAAUUCCGUAACGCAUUGACCAUCAUGUUUAACGAUGGACAGGAUUUUUCACGAUUCAUGCGAUCGCUGAGCCAUUAUACCGAAAAUUAA